ACAGCAAGCAGGAGAAAGAGAGAGAGACCUAAACGAGUGACUGGAGGUUCAUCCAAGCGCUCAGGACGCACAGACGGAGUUGCACAAUCAGCGCUCCGCUGGGACUCCAAAAAAAAGCAGAAACCCUCAGCAGCUUCUUCCGAUCUGCGAUUCAAACAGUCACUGCUAGUGGAUUUUAUUUGCACCACGAAAGACUUUUGUUGAUAUUUUUUUCGUGUGUUUUCGAGUGCUCGGAUUUUUAGGAGUCUGUUUUGAAGAAACUUUUUUUUUAACUUGUGAAGACAUGCAUCGGUGCACCGCGGUGCUGCUUCUGUUAGUGGUGGCCUUAUACGUCCUGAGUGCAGAAGCCUACAAGUGCAGGUGCACCAGAAAAGGACCAAAGAUCAGAUACAAGGAUGUGCAGAAGCUGGAGAUCAAACCCAAACACCCCUUCUGCCAAGAGAAGAUGAUAUUCGUGACGAUGGAGAACGUGGCUCGGUUCAAAGGGCAGGAGUAUUGUCUCCAUCCCAAACUUCAGAGCACCAAGAACCUGGUCAAAUGGUUCCGCAUCUGGAAGGACAAACACAGGGUAUAUGAAGCCUAACACCUUGGCUACCCAGCAACGACACGGAUCAAAACAAAAGACAACACUAUCACCAGGACUGUUUUUUGCUAAGUACACGAUGUAAUCUACAAUCAAACUGUACUUCUUCCUCUUCUGCCUGAGAUCUGUCGAGCACAUUCAGAGAUACCUUUAGUUUGUUCGUGUAAGAAGCUGGUGGGCUCGUCUUAGUCGGCCAUCACUGUAGUUACAGUCACUCACCGCUCCAGUCUUUGCAGCUGUAGUUACACUCGUCAGAUAGCGGACGAGGCGCCAUCAUGUGUGUUCAGACGGUUGUAUUUUUGUUCAGUUUUUACUUAAAGGGACUUUCUUUUGUUUUUAGACUUUUUUGUUCAAAGUGAAGAACGUGUGAUUCUGAAGACACAAACCUUCCUUUGAUAAAUUACAGUUUGGGUGUUUUCACGAGUCUGUGUUCAGUAUGACAGGUUUGUACGAUGCAAACGUUUAGGAUCUGGUCACCUGUGUUUAAAAGGGUUUUAGAUAAAAAUGUAGCCAUUAAGUUUCUCAAUGAGUCUGAUUAUCUGUAUUUGUAGAGACAGUCAGUGUGCGCUUACAUAUAAUACAGAGGCCGAUACUAUUUUUCAGUCACAUAGAGGAGAUCCACCACUGUGUGUGUGUGUGUGUGUGUGUGUGCGUGUGUGUGUGUGUGUGUGUUUACCAUAUCCACGAUAGUCAUAUGUGUCAAACACACGACUCCGCAGCACCUAUUUUGUAAAAUACGAUAUAAUUAACCGGCAGGGUGUAGCUGCAAUAGAUUUUAAAUUCAUCGCUGAUCAUUUGUGCCAUCGCUGCAAACAGUACAGACAUUGUUUCAGAGUUCAGAAAAACAAAAAACCUGAUUGUUAAAGACACUAAGAAAACAAGACUGUCUGCAGUUUACAUCCACAACAGACCAUGUUUUAUAUUUUCACUAACUGAAUUUUUUGUUUUAGUCCCAACUCUUGAAAUAAAUGUGUAACGAAGCAAUAAUAUCUCAUACAAACUACACACGUAACCAUUGUAUUAAGCUACGGGUGAAAACAUCUUUAAAGGAUAAGGCCGGGGAUAUUUUUGUGUUUUGUGAAUGUUAACCAACAUCCCAUGAAAAUAUGCAAAUUUACAAAGCGUUACUUCCAAAUUUGCCAACUGGUCUGAAGCAUUCAACGCCAUUCUUUCCUAAAUUUUUAAAUUUGGUCAGAAAUAAAUAUUUUAUUUAUAAAUAAUGCUAAACGACCUCCUUAAACAGCUGGUCAUUUUCAGCAAACAUCACUCAAACAGGAUUUAAAUGGUGUCUUUGUUUGGAAAUGUUUUCAGCUGCAGAUUAAUAGACGUUUGGUGCUGGCAGAGUAUUUACAGCGGCCGACUGCGACUACAAAUAAACUACAGUAACUGUGUUUAUAGUAUGAAAGAAUAGCAUCACCCAGUGUGGCUUAUUGAAGUGUUUUUAAUCGUUUUUUGACAGCAGCGCUACAGAGGAAUAAGAAAUAUCGGCCUUGGAUAUCCAAACAGUGCGUCUUUUGAUCAGUUGUCUUCAUGCAGUAACAGCUGUAGCUGAAAGCAUGAUGUUAUCGGGUUUUCUGUCCGUACGUCCCGUUCUCUUGAACGUCAUAUCUCAAAAACGCCUUGAGCGAUUUUUCUCAAAUUCUGCACAAAUGUACACUUAGAAUUGAUACACUUAUUAUGACAAAAGUUCACACAAUUGGCUACUGAAUUGUUGACACUAAUCUUGGGUGGCCACCUGGAAACUGCGCUGAUUGUAUCGAACUCCUGUGUUUGCCGAGGUGAAGAUUCACGUUUUGCAGCUUUACUGGUCGACCGAAGCGUACAACCGCAAGAUGGUAAUUGUAAUUUUUUCAUGGGAUUUGUUGAUGGAAAGAAAAAUACAAAAUAUUGUCAAACUUAUCCUUUAAAAUGAGCCGUGAACUGUGUCUUUAUUUACAAAAUAGGCUUUUGCCUGGUGCAUGAGAUUUCAAAAACAGACAGUUUGUUUAAAAACUUGAGCAUUUUGAAUCAUACGUACUGUCCACACACUAAACAACACUCAUAGGCCGUACGUUUCAAUAUAUGUCGAGCAUUUCAUUCAUACCCCUAACGAUCAUUUCGCUGUCUCCUACAGUCCUCUGAGGGUUGUCGUACUCUUUUAUUAUCUGCUCUCUCCUCCAGUAGAUCUCCUGAACAAUGCUGUUAAACAUGUUAUUAUUCUGUAUGCUGUGGAUACACGCGAUAUCAACGACUGUUGGGUGUUUACUCGUUGCCACCAAACAGAAUUCACACACAGAUAUAUAUCUGCAUCGAUACAAAAACACAUUUUCUUUACAUUUUGAAGAAUGUGCAUUGCUCUUGUUUUAUAUCUUAUAUAUAUAAAUAUAUAUAAAGAAGCAUUUUGUAAAUGGAGCCAGUAUAGCCUAUAUGUUAGUGAGAACGAAUUCACAUUAAGACUUUAUAGUGUCAUGUAUAUUGUAUUACUGCAUUAUAGUUGUUUUUGCUAUUUAAAUUUUGGUUUGGUAACAGAUUUUUGGAGGGUGAGUGUUUGGAGCGGCCCACCAAACACACAGUUAAACAUUCCAGUGAGUGUAAAACAAUAAACAGCAAUAAAGUGUCUAUAGAGCA